AUGGGGAUCAUGCUGGCAUGGGUUAUGCUGAUUUUCCUGCCAUGCUUGUCCUGUGACCUGCGAUCAGCCCCAGAUGCCUAUGAAAAAGUCAUUCCCAGAAUACUGACAGUUAAUGCUAGCGAAGACCCAGUGGGUAAGGCAUCCUAUGAGCUAUUCCUGCAUGGCCAGAAGCAGCUCGUUCAUUUGGAAGUGAAGAGGGAUUAUUUUGUGAAUGAUUUCCCAGUCUUUGUCUACCAGAGAGGCAUUUUGCAGCAAGAACUGCCUCUCGUUCCAGACAACUGUUACUUUGAAGGCUACUUAGUAGGAGACCCAGAUUCUUUCAUUUCUGUCAACACCUGCUCUGGCCUGAGAGGCAUCCUGAUCAAAGAGGGAAAAUCCUAUGGCAUUGAGCCUGUAGAUCCUUCGGAAGGACUAGAACAUGUGCUGUACCCCGUGGCCCAGCAAACUCAGAUCUCUUGUAGCAGCACUUCCCACGACCAAGAUGGUGAGAGCAUCCGAGAGGAGGCUGGCAGUGUGCAGGAGGGGGACAGGAAGCCCGGCAGUGCCCAGGUGCAGGCUGACCUGUGGUCACACCCCAAGUACGUGGAGAUGUUUAUUGUGGUCAGCCACCAGCGGUUCCAGAUGUGGCACAGUGACGUCAGUGAGACAGUCCGAAAAGUAAUGGACAUUAUUGCCCUGGCCAACAGCUUCACGAAGGGAAUAAACACAGAGGUGGUGCUGACUGGAAUAGAGGUUUGGACUGAGGGCAACCUCGUCGAGGUCCUGGCAGACCUGCAGGAAACGCUGCACAAUUUCAACACCUGGAGACAACAGAAGCUCUUCCACCGUGCAAAGCAUGACGUGGCCCACCUCAUUGUGGGGCACCGUCCUGGAGGGGACACGGGACAGGCGUUUCUCAAUGGGGCCUGUUCAGGUGAGUUUGCAGCAGCGGUUGAGUCCUUUCAACAUGAAGACAUUCUCUUGUUCUCAGUGCUUAUGGUCCAUGAGCUUGGGCACAACUUGGGAAUGCAGCACGACCACACGGCCUGCAUCUGUCAGAAGAAACACUCCUGCCUCAUGCAUCAAAAUAUCUCCAAAGACACAGCCUUCAGCAACUGUAGCUCCUACUACUAUUCCCGUUUCCUCCAGGAGCACAAAGGGGAGUGCCUGUUCAACAAGCCACAAAGCCAAAGCCGGGGGCGUCGGCAAGCCCAGUGUGGAAAUGGGGUGCGGGAGGGGACUGAGGAGUGUGACUGUGGUAAUCAGUGUGACAGUACCAAAUGCUGUGACACCAGUUGUAAACUCUCGGCCCAGGCCAAGUGUGCGCAGGGGAAGUGUUGUAGCAGCAACUGUCAGAUUCAAAGCAAAGGGUACAGGUGCCGCCCUGAAGAGUCAGAUUGUGACCUCCCCGAGUACUGUGACGGAGUCAGCGCUGAGUGUCCCCAAGACCUCUACAAGCUGGAUGGCACUAUGUGUGAAGGAAUGUAUGUCUGUUCUGACAGGAAAUGCAUGAGCCACGGGACGCAGUGCAGGGAAUUGUUUGGCAGUUCUGCUCAGCGUGCUGGAGAUGACUGUUUUACCAAAGUUAACACCCUCGGGAACAGGUUUGGGAACUGUGGCCGGCCUACCUCAGCCGACACGAGCUAUGCUAAGUGUUCAGGGGAAAGCAUCUUUUGUGGGAAAGUUGUAUGCACUACUAAUAAGCUGCCAGACAUCAAGGAGCAUUAUACAGUGAGUAGUAUCUGGCAUGAAAACAGCUACUGCUGGACCAUAGAUGCCUUCACGGAUACUGAUAUCCCUGAUAAGGGAGAUGUGAUGGAAGAUAUUGGUUGUGCCAAAAAUAAAGCCUGUAAAAACUUCCUCUGCAGUCCUUCCAGAGCAACCUCAGACUGUGGCAUAGAAAAGUGUCAUUCGAAUGGCGUCUGUAACAACUUAAAUAAGUGUCACUGUUCCCCAGGCUUUGCACCCCCUAACUGCACAAACCCAGGAAACGGUGGCAGUCUGGACGGCGGUUCCCCAGCCGCAACAGAACCCAGUCCUGUAAAUCCACAGCUACCUACUAAACAACCCGACCUGGAGGAUCAAGGGUGGAAUUUGACAGUCCUGAGUGCCAUCAUCCUUUUGCUUUUGCUGAUUCUAAUCAUAAUUAUUUGUGUCAUCUGCUUCUCUAAACGUGGCGAACCUCGUCCACCACCCUCAGAAGCGGCUGAAGUGCUGGAGGAAGAAGAGGAAGAAGAGAAAUUGCUUCUCUGGAGCCCUGGGGGCAAAGAGAUCUUCAAAUGUGGUAUUGACAGAAGCUGGAAGAUGACCUUCCAUAGCCGGGAGUUUUAG